AAAUUCUAGCAGGUUCGACAGCGUAGCCCAGAAUAGAGGAGAGAAGUCUAGCAAGUGGACGCUUUAUUUUAAAUAUCGUGGACAGUCCGCGGUGUGGAAAGCAAUUUGUGAAAAAAGAAGUUAGCUGUGUUUGAGAAACAGUUGAAACAUUUUGACGCAAUGGAUUUUCUGCCAAUUUCCUUCUACCGACCCGGAUACCAGGCCCAGGGAACUCCAAUGAGGGACCUGUUGUCUUACAUGCUACAGGACGAGCUAGGCUUUCCCGUGACAACUCACGCCUUGCAGCACAGAAAGAGAGAAACCCCGGAGAAAUGGCACAAAUCAUUCCGCCUGGACGGAUUCCACCCCGACGAGGUGAAGGUUUCGGUGAGUGAUGGGAUGGUAAGGAUCAAGGCCCGCCACGAGCGCGGGGACGAGGAUAACCGUGACGUCAGGGAGGCCACCCGGACCCUCAAGAUCCCCGCGGGGGUGGACCAGGGCAAGGUGCACUGCUUUAUGGACCACGACAACCAUUACGUUGUAGAGGCGCCCUUCAUCCCGAAGGAAGAGGACCAGGAGAUGGAACUGAAGAUUGAGGACGUCCCGAAGGCCAUCACCCAGGGGGACGAAGACAUGCAAGUAGCCGAGGCGGGGCAGCCGUUCAAGGAGAGUUUAGACCUGUCGGUGUUCGAGCCCGACCAUAUUAACGUCAAACGCAAGGGCAACAUCAUUUCCGUAAGCGCUGACCACGACAAGGAGGAGGACGGGAUAAGGGUGUCGCGCAGCUUCAGGCGGGAGUUCACCGUACCCGAGGGCAUGGACUGCAGCCAGGUCAAGGUGUGUCGUGACCCCGAGGGCAGGCUGACCAUCAUGGCGCCGACCAGACCCGAGGAAGAGGACAAGUAAAUACGUGACCAAAGGACUAAUCCAUAUAAACUUAUUAAUAAUUCGUAUUUCCAUUUUUUGUUUGAUACAGAGUUGCCAUAUGUGACCAAUUUGGUCAAUACCGGUUUUGUAAUAUUUGCAUUUUGUAAUCGAAAGAUUGUAAAUGUUCAAACGUACCAUAUUAGUAUUAAUCCUCGUUAAAUAUUUUGCUCAUUUAGAUUAAUGACAAUGAUGCUUUGUUAUAUAGACUAUUGAGUAAGCAGUGUGACUGCUGAUUUUGUGUCAAUUUAAGAAAUAAACAUUUGUAUGUUUA